AUGUCGUCACCGUCACCAUCACCAUCACCAUCUCUAUCACCGUCACCACUGCCAGCAAAGGAACAGAAGAACAAAGACGAUAGACCAUACAAAUGUACAUUCUGCGACAAGGCUUUCCAUCGAUUAGAACACCAAACUAGACAUAUCAGAACCCACACGGGAGAAAAACCACACCCUUGUACUUUCCCUGGAUGUACCAAACGUUUCAGUCGAUCCGACGAAUUAACAAGACAUUUGAGAAUCCACACGAAUCCUUCAUCACGAAAGAGAAAAAGCAAGAAUGAUGCUAGUGCAAACACUACUGGACACACUUUCCCAGCUACUCACAUGGUGCAACCUAUACCUAUAAGCGUACAUUCUGGUCUACAGCAACCGCUACAUCAACAAUCGCAACAACAACCACAACCAUUUAUAAUCGGUACCAAUGGACAGUAUCCAGCUACUGCUCCUCCUCCUGUACUGGUUUCAGUUGAUAGCAAUGGUAACACAAUUUACCAUCAACCUUAUCCUGUUUACUUGAUACCACAUUCAAAUGGAUUUGUGCAACCAGUACUACCCCAAUCAAACCCACAUCAACAAAAUCAAUUUACCCCUGAGUCAUCAGCUUCACCAGCGCAGCCAAUACAUUCGAAUAAUUUGUCUACACGUGAUGCUGCUAUGGUACCAUCACACCAUCAACAACAAGGCUCAGCUAUAUUUUCACUCCCUUCGUCACCAACAAACUUGCACCAUAAUGCAGUAUUCGCUCAGCAACAGCAACAGCAACAGCAACAGCAACAAUCAGCACAGACCACCACUGUGCACAACAACAGCUCGCAGGCAGCACAUGCGCAACAUUUAAACCACCACCAGCGUCCUGUCUUGAGUGCAAGAACCAUCUCUUCCGAUGCUAUCAGAUCAUACAAUAUGAGCCAUAGUAAUGAUCCUGUGAAUAUAUCGCCACCAUUCCCACAGCGCCAUUACCAAUUACAACAACAACAGCAGCAGCAGCACCAACUACAGAAUGACAUUCAAAAAUCGCAAUCCUCAUCUAGUAUAUUGUCGGAAAACCAACGAAUUUUCAGUAAUCCAGAAUCAUCUAUACAAUCAUUGGGCACUUCUCCAGAGAGUGAUACUUCAUUUACAUCAAGUUCUAUGCCACCACCUUUGCUACCAAAACAACCACAACAACAGCUUCAACAACACCCACAACCGUCUGCAACUACGGGUGGUGCUUCCAUAACUACUGCCGUUCCCUCUUUUAGCAACUUACACGAGUAUUUUCAACAAAAAAACCAAAACGGAGGAAGAACAUUGAACCGAGACUCUUCAUCAACAACCUCGCUUUCUUCAUUGAAUGGUAAAUUAAAAUCAUCCAACAAUUCUUCAUCGUCAUCAUCAUCAUCAACAACAAACUUGUCCAAUCUCUCCAAUUUGACGAGAAUGACACCGCUAAAAUUCCCCUCUAGUGCAACAAUAACCAAAUCACAAAGCAGAUCCAAUUUGAGCAACUUGCCAAAACAAGUGUCAUCAACAUCGCUAAAUUUGGAAUUUUAUAAUAGCCAAAAUGCUAACAACAACAACAACAACUACAUCAGUAACGGCAGCAUUGGUAAUGGAUUGAGCCACGUAUCCAAGAAAUCAAGACCCAAUUCACCUGUGCUUUUAUCCACUACUCCCAACCAUCCAUCAUCCAUCCAUUUGUCUAAUAAUGCACGCAAAUUUAAUUCAAGCUUUAUAAUAUCGCCCAAUGAAACCCCAUUGCAAACACCUAGUCAAUCACCACAAUUACAAGCUGAAUCAGGAAAUGGCGAUUUGGGUGCACAAGCUAAUUCCUUCUCAUUGCAAGAUCACAAUGAGACCAAGGGUCAAACUUACAAUGGUGACGACACUAACGCAAAUACAAAGUUGGAUAACACAGGGGCCAUGAAACUGGAUGAUAGUAUCGCCACUACUGGUACGCAAUUACCACCAAUCCGAUCAGUAAUGAGUUUCACUUCAUUGAAGAAUAUGCCACCACCGCCACAACAACAGACUGAUCAUGGCAAUGGGACAACUUUUGGGGGAGACAAUACUCUGCUUCGGAGCUCAAGUGGGCAAAACAGCAGUCAAGAGACUGUAGUCACGGAAGUUGUUGUUGUUGCUGCUGGCGCCAAGAACAACAGUAGUGACGUCAGACAAGAAAGCGCGGAUAGAGGAGCUCCACCUACAAUGAGUGUCAGUAGUUUGUUGAGUUGA